AUGGUUCGUAGUGGGUUUGAAAUAUCCUCCCUUGGUCAAUCAGUCCGAUCAGCCCCUUCCUUUCGAUUCCACUAUGGACCUAGCUCUGGCUGUGAGGGUCUUCUUCGAGCAGCCUCUUUGCUUGCUGAUCGCUCUGAUAAUCCACAUCUCACGGCACUCUCUGUCCCUUGGCUUCCUGAGACAGCUACUCCUUUCACUUCUGCCAUGAAUCUUCCUAAGACCGUAGGCUUGGCUACUCAGGAUCCGACCCCACCUCAUUCUCGUCUUUCAACUAUCUGCUUUCCUCCCUCGCCUGUCUCCCCUUGGCCCUCUGACGGCCGCCAACCUUGCUUCAAGACCUUCACCUCUUUAGCAAUCGGCAGAGACUGGUGCGAUGCCGGGUCAGACGGACAUCUUGAAUGGUCGCGAGGCUUGGGAGGUUUGCUGAUGCAACGCUUGAUUGCAUUCGCAUGUCCUGUCUCUGCCAAGCUACUCCUCCUGCUUGCCGUCACUAGCCGGCCAAGACUAGCAGAAGAAGUCUUGUGUACGUUCAUUUUAGCAAGCCAUGAAUUUUUCCAUCUUUCAUCUAAAUUUAUUUUGAACAUUCUGUAA